AUGAUGUCCUCCAAGAAGGUUACCGUCUCAGUGCUCAGCCGGGAGCAGUCGGAAGGAGUCGGAGCGCGAGUCCGCAGAAGCAUCGGGAGACCCGAGUUAAAAAAUCUGGAUCCAUUUUUACUAUUUGAUGAAUUUAAAGGCGGUAGACCAGGUGGAUUUCCUGAUCACCCACACCGAGGUUUUGAAACAGUGUCUUACCUCCUGGAAGGGGGCAGCAUGGCCCACGAAGACUUCUGCGGACACGCUGGUCAGUUGAACCCAGGAGACCUGCAGUGGAUGACCGCGGGCCAGGGCAUCGUGCACGCUGAGAUGCCUUGCUCAGAGGAGCCAGUCCACGGCCUACAACUGUGGGUCAAUUUGAGGAGCUCACAGAAGAUGGUGAAGCCUCGGUACCAGGAACUGAAAAGUGACGAAAUCCCUAAACCCAGUAAAGAUGGCGUGACUGUUGCUGUUAUUUCUGGAGAAGCCCUGGGAAUCAAGUCCAAGAUUUACACUUACACACCAACCUUAUAUUUGGACUUUAAAUUGGACCAAGGAGCGAAGCAUGUGCAAUCUAUUCCUAAAGGGUGGACAAGCUUCAUUUAUACCAUAUCUGGAAAUGUGUAUAUUGGACCUGAUGAUGCACAGCAAAAAAUAGAACCUCAUCACACAGUUGUGCUGGGAGAAGGUGACAGUGUCCAUGUGGAGAACAAGGAUCCUGAGAGAAGCCACUUUGUCCUAAUUGCUGGGGAGCCAUUAAAAGAACCAGUUGUCCAGCAUGGUCCAUUUGUGAUGAACACAGAUGAAGAGAUUUCUCAGGCCAUUCUUGAUUUCAGAAAUGCGAGAAAUGGCUUUGAAAGAGCCAAAACCUGGAAAUCAAAGAUCGGAAACUAG